AUGGGGAAGAAGUCGACAUGGACAACACAUCAAUUUUCUGCAAGAAUCCAAGAAAUCAACAAUCGGAUUCCAUCAUUUCCUCCUGAUUAUGAUUAUCAGAUGCCAUCAUCUCUUGACAACAACAAUACCGCCGAUCUUGUUCAUGAUGAGCAUGGUUUUGAUGUGUCUUCGGCAACUCUAGAGGACCUUGUCAAGUUCGCAGAAGAUCAAAUCGAACAAUACAAGAACAAGAAGACAAUCUUGCUUUCAAAGAAGGAAGACUCAACCUCCUCCAAGAACCAUGCUUCAUCCACCAUUUUUGAGGAAGCAGUAUGCUAA